AUGGCUCAAGCGGCGAGCAGCGGAGCCGGCGGCAAUCCACAACAGCCCGACCAGAACUUUGACUACAUGUUCAAGUUGUUGAUAAUUGGCAACUCGUCGGUCGGAAAAACGUCAUUUUUGUUCCGCUACUGCGACGAUUCGUUUACGUCGGCAUUCGUAUCGACAGUGGGAAUCGACUUCAAAGUGAAGACCGUCUUCCGUGGUGAUAAACGCGUCAAAUUGCAGAUUUGGGUAGGUUUUUAGAAUUUUUCAGCAAAAUUUUGAAUUAUUUUUAAAAAUUUAGGUAACAAAAAAUGACCAUAUUCUUUUUUAUCCUACCCUACCAUACCAUACCCUACCCUACCUUACCAUACCAUACCAUACCAUACCAUACCAUACCAUACCCUACCUUACCAGACCCUACCCUGGGAACAAGCUGAGCCGGGCCAAUCUUGAACAAAAUUUAGAUCGGGCCGGCCCUCAGUAUCCACGCCCACCCUGUCCUGACUUACCCUACUCUGCCCUAUCCUAAACUGCUGUAACCUGCCAUGCCUAUCCUACCUUAAGCUAAACUACUCUACUCUUUACUACUUUACUCUGCCCUACCCCACCCUACCUUAUCCAAUCCUACCCUACAUUACUUUACCCUAACAUACAUUAUCGUACCCUGCUCCACCCUAUCCUAAAUUACUUUACCUUGUCCUACCCCUUCCUAUUUUACCAUGACAUGUCAUACAAUACAGUAUCAUACCUUACCUUACUCCGGCUUAGGGGUUAGAAAAGCCGGGCUCACUUUUGCGGUUCAACCCAGGUCCAGGACCCAAAGUUUAGACCCGGGCCGUUUUCAUUUUUACUUCAGGCCAGCCCGAUUUUUUUACGUGCAAAGGGACCGGACUUUUUUCGGGCCUACACAGCCCAUUUCUCAAUCCUACUCUGCCUUACCUUACUUAAUCAUACCCUACCCUGCCCUUCCUUGCCCUCAUUAAUUUUCCCCUUCCAGGACACAGCAGGUCAAGAGCGUUACCGUACCAUAACCACGGCCUACUAUCGCGGUGCGAUGGGUUUCAUCCUAAUGUACGACAUUACAAACGAAGAGUCAUUCAACAGUGUGCAGGACUGGUGCACCCAGAUCAAGACCUAUUCGUGGGAGAACGCUCAAGUGGUGCUGGUGGGGAACAAGUGUGACAUGGAGGAGGAGCGUGUGGUUAGUCAGGAGCGGGGUCGUCAGUUGGCCGAUCAGCUGAGCCUCGAGUUCUUCGAGGCGUCGGCCAAGGAGAAUAUCAAUGUCAAGUCGGUGUUCGACAAACUGGUCGAUAUCAUUUGUCAGAAGAUGGCGGAGAGCUUGGACAAAUCGAAUCCCGCCGCCAAUCAGCCUCAGGGCCACAAGUUGGAGGCCAACGACACGGCCAAGAAGCCUGCCGGCCAGAACUGCAACUGUUAA